GUAAUCGAUUUUUGCUGUCAGAAAAAAGCCCUGCGUCAGAGUCUUGCCUGCUGCUAUAAAAAGCCCUGCCAGUGCUGCUACAUCCUCGCAGAACACCCUUCACAGCAGCAUCAGCACUGUGGCAUCCUUCUCUGCUCUCUUCUCUCCUCAUCGACCAUGAGCUCCAUCAGUUACAACCCCUAUUUCCCAUCUGUGCAGCGCAGACGGGUGGCAGUGCGCAGUGGGACUAGUUUUGGGGGAGGAAGCAGUCGCUCCCGUCCCGUCUACACGACUUAUGCAUCCCCAUCCCGCUCCUCGGCUCUCUCCUCCACUGCAGCUCUGCAGCGUUCUGCUGCCUCAGCAGACCUGGAAUUGAGCCAGGCAUCUCAGCUGAGCUCGGAGUUUAAGACUGUGCGGACUCAGGAGAGGGCCCAGCUUCAGGACCUCAAUGAUCGCUUUGUGAGCUUCAUUGAGCGUGUGCACGGUCUCGAGCUCCAGAACCGGGCCCUGGAGGGUGAGCUGCUCCUGUUGCGUCAAAGGCACUGUGAGCCCACCAAUCUGAGGGCGCUAUAUGAGCAGGAGGUGAGGGAACUCAGCGCAGCAGUUGACGAGGCACGUUGGCAGCGCCAAGCUGCUCAAGACAGGCGGGACCAUCUCGAAGAUGCACUCAAAGAGUUGCAGAGUCACUAUGAAGACGAAGUUCUAGCCCGUGAGGAGGCAGAAGGCCGGUUGGUGGAUGCCAGGAAGGGAGCGGAUGAGGCAGCGCUUGCCCGCUCUGAGCUCGAGAAAAGGGCAGACACUCUGUUAGAUGAGCUGGCCUUCUUGAAGAGGCUCCAUGAAGGUGAGAUUGCCGAGCUGCAAGCUCAGGUGCAGUACAGCGCCCAGGUGUCGGUGGAGAUGGAGGUGGCCAAACCGGAUCUUUCUGUGGCUCUCAGAGACAUCCGAGCCCAGUAUGAGCGCCUGGCCCAGCAGAACAUCCAAGCGGCCGAGGAAUGGUUCCUUGGGAAAGUUAACACCAUGACAAAAGACACGGCUAAACAUACCGAGAACAUCCGCACCGCAAAGGAUGAGGCUGGAGAGUAUCGUCACCUACUAAAAACCCGAGACCUGGAGAUUGAGGCCUGCCAGGGCCAGAAUCAAGCUCUGGAGAGACAGCUGCAAGAGGUGGAGGAGAAACAGAGUGCAGAGAUCGCCGCCCUACAGGAUACCAUCGGUGACCUGGAGAAUGAGCUAAGGUCCAUGAAGAAUGAAAUGGCUCAUUACCUCAAAGAAUAUCAAGACCUCCUCAAUGUGAAAAUGGCCUUGGAGAUUGAGAUUGCUGCUUACAGGAAGCUUCUAGAAGGAGAAGAAACCCGCUUCAACGUAGGGGGUAUUGGUGGCAUGUCAAGUGUGUUUUCUCCCUCCAUCGCCGCCACUCCUUCUUUCGGCCGUCCUGUGUUCUCUGUGCAGGCCAGCCGGACAUCUGGUGCCCCCUAUCUUUUGGGGACCAGACUGAUGAGCUACUCUGCCAUGACAAAUGAGAUUGUAGAAGCCAGCCAGGCACAAGAGGCAGGAGCGAGUCCAGAGAAAGAAGAGGAGGAGGAAGAGGGUGAGAAGGAGGAGGAGGAAGAGGUAGAAGAAAAAGGUGAAGAGGAAGGAGAAAAAGAGGAGGGUGAAGAAGGAGAAGAAGAGGGAGGAGAGGAGGAAGGAGAACAGGAUAAGGAAGAAGGAAAAGAGGAGGAGGAAGAAUUAGGAGAUGGUGAAGAGGGUGAUAAAGAAGAAGAAGAGGAUGCAGAAGAGGCAGAGAAGGAUGACAAUGGAAAAGGAAAAGAGGAGAAAAAGAAAGGAGAUGAAAAAGAGAGCAAAGCCGAGAAAAGCAAGCCAAAAGAAAAGUAAUCAGAUGCAGCCAAAAUCCCUGGUGCUAGCUAGAGGUGAUCAAACCUCGUACAUACAGUAUACAGUAUACUACACAUGCAGACAUCACAGCAAGUCCUUUAACGCUGAAACCCAUAGUAUGCAUGGACACAUGCCUUUUAUAUGCGCUUGGCAGGAAGAUGUGAUUGCAGGUCACUUAUGUUGGUUGGUUGGUUUGUUUGUUUAUCUAGUUAGUAAGAUGCCAAAAAAUGUGUUUAAUUAUUUUAGCAUUGUGUUAGUAUGCCAACAGCAUUUAUCAGUUGGAAACUAUGAACUGCCUUCAGUAAGUGUGCUUAGUAUUCAAAAUGCCUUAGACCAGACCCUCAAAGACAGGCUUGUUGCCAACCAAUAAAAACUUGUCAACACUCAUUAUCCUGGUGUGAUACUCAAUGUCUUAUGUUUUUAUGUGUAGAAUGGAAUAUUGCUUACUGCAAAUUACACUGUGUGCUGCCUACUAUUUUUUAAAAGUAGUAUGUAAAACAGUUGCUAGCUGCAACAUUUGCUAAAAUGUUAGAAUGUGGAAUAGCAUGCUAACUUACUGAACUUACUAUUUCUGCAGUAUAUAGUAUGAAUAUUGGGCACAAUAUGCUAAUUUUCACAUGCAGUACAACCAGAGCACACUGCAUCAGAUGCUGUAUCCUUGACUCAAUUUUGCAUUUCAAGUGUGACGAAUGAACCAGAAGUUAUAUCUGCCCAAUUUAUAACAUGUAUUUUGAUGUUUUACACAAAAUUGAUUUAAAAAUGCAAAAUAACACCUUUUUAAUUCCCAACAUGAUAACUGGACACCACUCACAUGAAACAUAAUGAGGUCAUGUGACAACAAUGCAGCAUUCUACUAUUAAAAACCUUUGAUUUAAAAAAUAGUAUGCUUUGAGUAUUGCUCAGUAUUUAGUUCCAAACAUUUUCUGAGUUCAAAUUUGACUAUUUCUGCUGUAUAUGUCAGAAAUAGUAAGAGCAGUAUAGUAGUAUGCCAUUCUGAAUCCAGCCAUAGUCAUUACUGGAAAAUAAA